AUUUUUAUUUAAUAAUGGCAAGAAGAGGUCAAUAAUAACCACCAUAACAAUAAUAAGCUCCUCCUCAAGUUCAAAAAAAUUAAGCUGGUAAAUUUAAUCCUGCAGAAUUUGUUAAACCUGGAUUGACUGAAGAAGAAGUAUUAGAAAUUAAAGAAGCAUUUGAUUUAUUUGAUACAGAUGGGUAUAUAAUAUAUCAUUAUUUACAAUUAGCACUUAAACUAUUGAUCCUAAAGAAUUGAAAGCUGCUAUGACCUCAUUAGGAUUUGAAGCUAAAAAUCAAACUAUUUAUUAAAUGAUUAGCGAUUUAGAUACUGAUGGAAGUGGUCAAAUUGAUUUUGCUGAAUUUCUCAAAUUAAUGACAGCUAGAAUCAGUGAAAGAGAUUCAAAAGCUGAUAUUUAAGUAUAAUAACAUAUUACUUACAUUAAUAGAAAGUUUUCAAUCUUUUUGAUUCAGAAAGAGCUGGAGUUAUCACUUUGAAGGAUCUAAGAAAAGUAGCAAAAGAAUUAGGAGAAACUAUGGAUGAUUCUGAAUUAUAAGAAAUGAUUGAUAGAGCUGAUUCAGAUGGAGAUGCUUAAGUAACCUUUGAAGAUUUCUACAAUAUAAUGACCAAAAAGACAUUUGCAUGAGUUGAAAUCAUUAAUAAUAAAUAAAAU